AGCUUGACGUCCCUGGUUUUUAAUUCCCCAGACUCGUUCUAUUUAAAUCUUCUCUCUCCUCUCUUCCCUGGGACACACAACUAUUCAACUAUCAACUAGCUCUCACCCACCCACUACUAUAUACGUUCUCUCACUACUGUGUUAUCACAAAACCGUAACCAUGUCUCUCAAGAACGACGCUUUCCCCUCCUCCGCUGCUUUCGACGCGAUCAACGCCGCUCUCCAGAGCGAUGCUGCCGAGCGCAAGGACGCUGUCUCCAAGGCCAAGGCCAUCGUCUCUUUCAACCUGAAGAACGCGAAGGGCGAGGAAGAUAGCUGGUACCUCGACCUCAAGAACGAGGGUGUUGUGGGCAAGGGUGCUGCUCCUCAGGGUGCCAAGGCUGAUGUGACUCUGUCCCUCUCCGACUCUGACUUCGCUUCCCUGGUUAGCGGCAAGGCCAACGCCCAGAGACUCUUCAUGGGAGGCAAGCUCAAGAUCAAGGGUAACAUCAUGAAGGCGACCAAGAUGGAGCCCGUCCUCAAGAAGGCCCAGGGCAAGGCCAAGCUAUAGAUACCCAGUUGCGUUGUGUAGUAUUUCGGUUAAAUGUAUAUUUUUGUUCGUCUGAUGAACCUUUUUUUUCCCUCGGUUUUUCUUUUCAUUUACGUAGGGCAAGAAGCCACUCUAAAAGCUUACACCCUCGCUUUAGCUACAGGGAAUACUUAGUAUGAGACAUGACUUCAUUGCAGAUCACUUUCAUUUCCUGUACUGUAGGCAUGGUGUGUAAAAACAAUAAUGUAUAGGUAGACCUUUUUUGGGUAUUAA